UAUAAAGGUGUAAACUGUAAAAGAUUAAAGAGGCUAUGGUGAAAGGUAAAAAUUGAAACAUAAAUUAGGGUGCAAAAUGUAAAGAACCCGAAAUACUCUUACGUAAGAAAAAAAAGGGAAAAAUUGAAAGCGCCUGAAAUCGGAGUGCCACCGGGAAUCAUAACAACGUUUCCGGUUCAAGCAGUUUGAGAAAUCAGUUGCCGGAGAACGAACGGAGAGAUUCAUCGGAACCCUAUACCGAAACAAUUUGCAGUGGCACCAUGGCUAAAUCCGGAGCAGAUGAGAAGAUUCUCAGCUACAACGAUGUCGUUCUUCGGCGAUCAGAUUUGGACAUUCUCAAUGGUCCUUAUUAUCUCAAUGACCGCAUCAUUGAGUUCUAUUUUAGCUAUCUCAGCUCACUCUUUCCAUCUGACGACAUAUUACUGGUACCACCUUCUAUUGCUUUCUGGAUUAAAGAGUGUCCUGAUCCUGAAAGCCUGAAGGAUUUCAUGGAACCACUUCAUCUUUCUCGAAGGAAGUUGAUUCUCUUACCUAUAAACGAUAAUUCUGACGUGUGCAUGGCUGAAGGUGGGAGUCAUUGGAGCUUACUGGUUUUUGAUAGAAACUCCAAUGUAUUUGUACAUCAUGACAGCAGUUCCGGGUGCAUGAAUGAGUAUCAUGCCAAACAAGUAUACAAGGCUACUCUUCCCUAUACAUCAUCCAAUGCCACUUAUAAAGAGUGUCCAAACAUGCCAAAGCAAGUUAAUGGUUAUGAUUGUGGCGUGUAUGUCUUAGCUAUUGCAAGAGUCAUCUGUCAGUGGUAUGCAAGCAGUGGAACUCAAGAUGCAGAUACUCUGUGGUUCUCCCAUUUAGAACAGGUCAGUCCAAGUUCUGUUUCUGCGAUGCGUAAUGAUAUUCUGGUGCUAAUAAAAGGUCUGAUGGCUUCACCCAAGACUGUGGCGUAAUGCUGAAUGAUGUGAGUGAAAACCGUGCGACAAGUUAAAAAUUCAGCAGAGAUCCAAAAAACGAGGUGAGGUUGAAAUUCCAGCAGUGACAAAUGUGAAGUUUGGUAGUUAGUUAUCUCACAAUUUUGUUGGAAUUCAGGAAAGAUUUGCUAUUUCAAAAGAAAGCUAAUGGGAAAAACUAGGAAUAUAGUAUCUCCAUUUUAAUAUAAUAAUAUAUUCAUUGUUGAAAAGACAAAGUGGUGUAAUCUAUAGUAGAUGAGACAUCCUUGGUUUUGAUCAA